AUGGAAUUUGCGCAGAUGACGCCUGUACAGGCCGCUGCGAUUCCUCUUUUUCUCACGCACAAAGAUGUCGUCGCCGAGGCAGUAACAGGGUCCGGCAAGACGCUUGCGUUUGUCAUUCCCAUCCUCGAGAUGCUGCAACGGCGCGAGACGCCUCUCAAAAAAUCCGAACUUGGCGCGGUCGUGAUUUGCCCGACGCGCGAAUUGGCCGAGCAAAUCGCCACCGUAUUCUCCUCCUUCUUGGAGGCACAGCCUGCGGAAGAAGGCGCGACAAGCACGCCGAAUCGCGGCGUCCAGCUCUGUGUAGGCGGUACGAAUGUGACGCCCGCUGACGAUGACCGCGUCUUUCGCGAGCAAGGACCCGAUAUCCUAGUCGGCACGCCGGGCCGAAUGGAAGAGCUGCUCAAGAAACCAGGCGUGCGCACCGCUGAGCUGGACGUGCUGGUCAUGGACGAGGCGGACCGCUUGCUCGAUCUCGGUUUUGCCGCGCCGAUCCGUGCAGUCCUCGGCUUCCUGCCCAAGCAGCGCCGCACGGGCCUGUUUAGCGCCACCAUGACCGAGGCGCUCACAGAGCUCGUGCGUGUCGGUCUGCGUAACCCCGUACGUAUUGUCGUCAAGGUCGAAGCAAAGCGCGGAAGCAUUGCCAAUGAUAUUCGCAUGCCCGCGACGCUCCAAAACUUUUACCAUGUCGCGCGACCGGAAAACAAAUUCGCGCAACUACUCCGUAUUCUGCAGCACGAAGCGAGCGAUGCGCCGCGGAAAAGCAUCGUCUACUUUGCCACAUGCGCACAAGUAAACUAUUUCUUUGCACUUCUCGCGCGUGAGAGCAAAGCGGGGCGCUGGACGCAAGGACUCCAGUUUUUCUCGCUGCACGGCAAGCAAUCGACCAAGCGCAGAACGUCGACAUUUCACGCGUUUACACAUACAGGGAGUGCACAAAACACUGCACUCGAUAGCGACAUUGCGGGCGCUGCGAACGCUUGCACAAGCGUGCUGCUGUGCACGGAUGUUGCCGCGCGCGGUUUGGAUUUGCCGGAUGUGGACCUGGUUGUGCAGUACGAUCCGCCGAGCGAUCCCAAGGUAUUCAGUCACCGGUGCGGCCGCACGGCGCGUGCGGGACGUACAGGACGUGCAAUUGUGAUGCUGCAUGCUGGCCGCGAGGAAAAUUACGUCGAGUUCCUCCAUGUAAAGCAGCUGCCGCUGCAGCGCUACCCCUAUCUAUUGCAGAACGAUUUGUGCGCACGCAGCGUUCCAGGCGACGAGCCAGCACUGGAUGACUUGGCGCGCGCGCUGGAAAAAGCAUUGCACACACUUAUUCGCCAGGAUCGUGCAUUGUACGAGUUCGGCAUGCGUGCCUUUGUCAGCUGGGCCAAAGCCUACUCGAAACACGAAGUCUCUUACAUUUUCCGGCUCGCCGAGCUCCGGCUCGACCAUGUUGCGUGCGAAUUUGCGCUACUAAAUCUGCCACUUAUGCCUGAGGUUGCACGGUGGCGCGAAAGCAACAAAGAGCAAGCCUCGCUUUUUGUCGACGCGAUGCCGGACCUGCAUACGUUUGCGUACGCGGACAAGCAGCGGGAAAAACAGCGCCUCGCGAGCUUGGAACGCAAAGACGAGCGUCCAGCGCCGGCACCCAAACCGCAGCGCGAGGCUUGGAGCGAGCAGAAGCGACGCAAAGAGGUGCGCGAUUUGCGGCGCGAAAAAAAAGAGCGCAAGCGGGAUUGGCAAGCACAGCAACCGCCACCGCCGCCUGCUUCUGACGAGGACGACUGGGGUGCGGAGGAGCGCGCUGCAAAAAAGCUCAAGCAAGGCAAGCUGGAUUCUGCAUCCUUUGACGCGGCCUUUUUUGAUAGCCUGUAA